AUGAUGAUACCCAUCCGCAAGCGACACGGACCCCAGCCCACGUUUGUUACAAGAAGCCUCGCUUCGACCACACAAAAGGAACUCUUUAUCAUGGCCGAGUCCAACGUGGUCGCAUCGCCUGGCAGCAUUCCUAGCGCUCUGCCCAAGAGUAAAGCAGGUACUUAUGGACUGUUCAAGUGA